CAAAGAUGGAACGAUUCGUCAUUACUCGUACGGAAUGAGUUCUGUGCAGCGUUUUAGCAUGCAGGCAUUCCGCUUCCUGUCAGAACGUCGCUUUGUCUACCUACACUGUGACCUGGUGGUGUGUCAUAGGUAUGACUACAACUCCACCUGUGCACGAAGUACUUCAUGUUCCAGACGUUAUCGUCGUGAUGUUGAUCAGCAGUCAGAAGAUGUGUCUGGCAUGUAUGCACUGUCGUUUGGCCCAGUGAUGAAAGGGAAGGAGUCCGCUGACAAGAGUGCUGGGGGUAAGUAUCACAGGCUCAUAAUAUUAAGCAGUCCAAAAACAAGGGUACAUACGACUUCACAAAAUAUGACACCCGUUCCGCACGUUAUCAACAAUAUAGUAUUGUAAUUGUUAAGCUUAACGCAAGGAGCGCCUGAAUAUGACUUGAUCAAACAUCGAUCAAACCGCGGACCACAUCAAUCAAGUUGCGAUUUAAUUGCAGUUCAAUCGCGUCUCAACUAAUCCAUGAAACCAUUUCUCUGUUAAGCAUCCUACCCGGCCGAAAACGUGCCUUAAAUAUACAAGCGCCUGGGAGGUUCAAUAAAGAGUUUACCAUCGCCAACUAUUUCGGACAUUGAGUCGGCAGUGCGCCAGCGGAUACCCCCGUAAAAGUCAAUAUAUUUUAGGCAGAGAAUCUAUAAAAUACAUAGGAAUCAAACUAAAAACAUCGAAUUGACAAAAAGAUAUUUCGAUUAUUUCAUUUGCUUAAAUGGAGUAGUAUUCCUACAUUGCAUACAAACGGCACUGUCGAAAAAAAUAAUAGUUAAACCUUUAUCUUACGUUUCGUUUCGAGAUUCAACUUCUGAACGCUUUGCUUCUAUAGACUUGUAUACUAACUCGGCCAAAAUCCGCUCGAUUACCGAGUUUCAUUGUUCAAUUUUUAAAUUUCUGUGACUGCUAUGCAAUUUGCUCAAAUGGAACACCAACCUUGAGGAUCCUCGCUAGCUGCUCACAAAAAUUGGGCACAUAAAACACUGGAGAAGUUUUUCGUAUUUACCAUCAAAUAUCAUGAAUUUUCGUAGGCACUUAGAAUAUUAUGCGCUGUUAGUAUGUGAUCGCAUUGCCGCAAAUUUCACUGCGAUUAAAAGCUAAAUUGAAGGCGAAAAAUCACUCGGAAUAGGUUGUAUUUGGUACCAAAAUGAUCGCCACGAUGUUUAUUUUUCAACCCUGCAAACGCUUCUGGGAUACAUGAAACACAACCCGUGCUGCCAGCGGUAGAAGUUGGGCCGUUUGGCUACAGCCAGACUAAAAGGUCAACCAAAGGUCAACCGUAUUAAAUAACUUCAAUCUAGACGAAAUAUUGUAAUGUUUUCCGUGCUUAAAACCAUUUAUUUUGACAAUAACGACUGUUCGAGCGUCGAAAUUAGAAGUUCUAUCCAGUGGGGGAAACACUUAUGUGUUUCUAAUAGAAUUGGCUCAUUUAUUUCCAUUUGGUCAUUCCAAAACAUUGCAAAACAUUGCGCGUUAUUGCGCGUUAUGCAUUUCAGGGAGCUUCCGCUGGAUAGUAGGAUUGAUAUAAGACCGCAAUAGUUGGCGAUGAUUAUUCUAGCUGCGGUCUUACUCGGUCCUGACCGCGGUUUAGCUGCAAUCACACAUGGAGUUUGAUAGUUGCAGCUCAAGCGCGAUAUUGCAACUUUCAAUCACUGGUUUACACUAUCAAAGUUUCUGUGCUCAAAGUAGGAAUUUUACAUAGGUAAACUAAGUCUUUGAAGUGUUUGUAAGAAAUGUUUGAGGAGCCUGACUGACUCUGUGUAUACUGCCGAGUUUGUUCCCUGAAAUAUUUCUUACAAAUCCUUCAAGUGACUUUAUUUGUGCAUGCAAUUUACAUUUAUACAACAUUCCUACUGUAAUCCCAGAACCUUUGAUAGUGUAAACCAUUAGCACUGCGACAAGCUCAAGGUCAAAUUAGCUUGCAUGAGAAUUUUCCCAUCCCUCUCGCCCCCCCUCCUCCCCCCAGUAAAGUGGAAGCAGCGAAGCAUAAUGAGUGUUGACUGGCCAUAUUACCACGUGCGUAGAUCUCAUCAACUCUCAUCAAAAUUUGAACGAGUUCAAAGUUGAUGAAAGUGCAUGAGAGUGGAUGAGAGUUGGCGAUGAAACACGAACGAGAGCUGCAACUCUCGUAACUCAUUCUCGGAGCUUGAAACCUGAGGAAUAACUAGAAGCAAACUGCGACCAAAUUGGAGCCCGACCGAAGCUGGAAUAGCUGUUACAAUGCAGAGAUGUAUUUUCACUGUGAUGUGAUUAUAUAUUUAUAUUAUGAUAUCCUAAUUCUCUAUCUUUAUCGUUCUACAGCUCAUUCGGAGGCAUCGAACACAACGCUGAUUGGUUCCUUGAUUGGAUUCGGUUGUCUCAGUGUGGUUCUGAUUGGUGCCUUGCUCUUCAUGAUACAGCGAAGUCGUCGUCGUAGAUCCGACCAGACCCAGACUGGUGGCGAGAACAAGGGCGCAUUGUCAAUGCAGAAUUUGGGAUACACUUAAAGUCUCCCUGCCUUUUUUAUAGUUUUAUAAUCCGAAUAAGUUUAAUGCAUAACUACAUAUUAACUGCUGAUUCGAAAAAUAAUUUAAAACACUCUUUAGAAAGUUAGUAGAAUCGGUUGCGAAAACGACUAUUUGUUGAUGACACUUUCAAUAUUGUUUGUGAUUGUUAAAAUUGAUUCACAAAAUUGUUCUAACUCAAAACAAAAAUAUGAAUUAAACUGUCGGUGUAAUUAGAGCGUAGAAAAUAUUGUUAAACAAGUAUAUAUAAUACUUUUGGUGAAAUAAAUUUCGUAUGCGGGU